AUGUGUGGAGGGCCGUUGGCGCUGCGCCAGCUGCGACGUGGCGGGCUGCGACCUCUGCGAGUCGCCUCAGCGCUGCCGAAGCUGCGGCAGCGGCUUCCGCCGGACCGCGGAUGGGCGGUGCGGGGCAUUUGGAAGGACAGAAAGGCCUAUGCGGCCGUGGGCCUCGUGCUGUGUUUUUUGGUUCUUUGGCUGUGCCUUGACCUGCUGUCAGCGCACUGCCGGGAGACUACCAACGUCACCAGCCUCAAGGCGGGCUACAUGUCCAGAUGGCGGGCAAAGCUGAGGAAUAACUAUGUCCACGGGCGCCCGCAGUACCCGCUGUGCUCCCGGCUCCAUCGCCACAGCGAGGGCGCUGCGCCCAUCGGUGGCCCCGGCCAGGUGCUGUGCAUGAACUGGUUCAGCCUGGUGGGGGCGCUGGGCUUGUGGCUGAGUGCUUUGGCGCUGGCGCUGGCGCCGCCUUGGCACGCCAAGUUGCUGGAUCCCAGCAUGGCCUACAUGUGCAAACUCCCGGACGUCCAUGUGCCCUUCCAUACACACUGGGCCGCCGCCAGUUAUUUAGGCGCGGCUCUGAUGACGGCAGCAUUCCUGGUGUGGCAAAGCGUCCAUUGGACCCGGAUGACCCACGACACCUCCGGAGACAUUUGCCUCCACUACUACUGUGUCGAGGCGAUGGGCUUCCCGCCAGAAGCUACCAACAAGCUUGAGCUGUUAGAGUACUUCCGCUCGCAGAUGAGGAUGCUCGGGCUACCCAGCGAUGGCAUCCAAUACCUGUCUAUAGGCUACAAGUUCCGGAACGCGGCGCGGAUCGAAGAGGCGCUGGAAGCCCAUUUGGAGGAGGAGGAGGCCAAAGACCCCAUGAGAUGUCCCAUGCUUGCAGCGUAG